AUGACCGAUCAAGAACUUGAUGAUGUUGCCUUCUUAACAGGAACAGAAAAUUCUAAUGGAAGAACAGUAAGAGAGAGAAAUGUUGUGUGUUCACAAAAAAGAGCUUUAUGUGUAACUGCCACCGUCCUUGGAGCGUUAUUAGCAAUUGCUUUGCUGAUUGCCUAUGCUCCACAAGAUUGUCCAUGUGCUGGAAAAAUGCCGAAAGGCUAUCAUACUGAUGGAUAUAAUAGUUCAGAGAAAUUCGAACCAUACGCAACGAAUGGACAACUUUUUCCAUGGCUUUUACCAUUUCUUCCAAGCAACAUCAAGCCAAAUCGGUAUACUAUCCUCAUCCAUCCAAAUUUAACUACGUUCGAGAUCAAAGGUCAAAUAUCUAUUGAGUUCUAUGUUGAAAAGGAAAUGAGUUUCAUCGUAUUACAUGCACAAAAUCUCAACAUCACAGAAAAGGCAUUAAUUGGGCCGAAAGGUUUUUCAUUAAAAAUUAAUCGUAUGUUGGAAUAUCCUUCAAGACAACAAAUUUACAUAGAAUUCCGUGAUAAGCUACGAAAGAAAUCAAAUUACUCACUUAAUUUGCGUUGGUAUUCAAAGUUAAAUACCGAUCCGGAAGGCUUUUAUGUUGAUGAAUAUGACUCUGAAGGCAGUAAUAAAUUAUUGGCAGCAACUAUUUUCGGUCCUGGAAAAGCUCGAAAAGCCUUUCCAUGCUUUGAUGAACCACAUUUACGUGCUAAUUUCAAAAUUUCACUUUUCCGUGAUCGAUUCCAUAUUGCACUUUCAAAUUCCAUUGUUCAUGCAACAGAUGAAGCAGGAUUUUUCUUGGGACGAGCAUUAUUGAGAGAUGAUUUUGUUGAAACGCCUCCUCUUUCACCGGAUGCAAUAUCUUGGAUGAUAAGUGUAUUUAAACGAGAAUUUCUUGAAAGUUCUCCAACAUAUCACAUUACGUCAAGCUCAACAGCAAUACCUAUACAGUCGUUAACAUCUACAUCAAAAGUAUCAGAAAAUCUCAUAACAAAUGAUAAGAUUCUUCGCCGAAAUAUGACAUCCAUUUUAAAGACAGGCUUAUCGAUUAAGAUGGCAAAGCUUAAUCAUGAAGAUGCUCACACUUUGGCGCCAGUAACACAAAAAAGUGAGAGCUUGACUAAGGAAAAUGACAAUCAUUCUACAAUUUCCGAUGAAGAUGGCAUUAUUAGGACGGCUCCGUCUUAUACAUUUUAUGCACCUGAAAGUAUUUUACCUAAAACAAAAUUUAUUCUACAUACAUCAAGAGAUAUAUUAGAACAUUUACAAAAUUGGUUAAAUGUACCAUAUCCAUUUACAAAACUAGAUUUUGUUGCACUUCCUUCCAUUGAGGAGAAUUUGCAUUCAUCACUUGGUCUUAUAUCAUGUAAAACGUCUUUCUUAAGAGAUGCAGCAACUGUAACGUCUUACGAAUAUCAGAGAUCAGCAAUAGAAAUAUCGGAAGCAAUUUUACAACAGUAUUUUGGAGGUAUGAUUUCACCUAAAACGUGGAAACAGAAUUGGCUUUGGGAUGGAAUAAUUCGAUACUUGAGUCGACUCAUAUUUUCCCCUCUAAAAUCACAAUGGCCAGUUGAAGAAAAGUAUAUGUUGGAAACAAAACUUAGAGCAUUAGAUAUUGAUGUUUUACAAGGAUGGGAAAGUAUUGAAAAUGGAACAGAUGCUAUGGGGGAGAAUAAUGAGUUUUACAUAGACAAAGCCGCUUCGAUUCUUGAGGUAUUGCACUCAACAAUGGGUGAUGAGAGUUUCCGAAAUUGUAUUGGAGCAUUUAUAACGACAUUUAAAUACAUGACAGCCGAGCCUAAUGAUUUAUGGCAGAUAUGUUCAAAGAAGGCAAACGGUUCAAAAAAUAUUCGUGAACUUAUGCAUUUAUGGACAUCUCAGUCAGGUUUUCCACUCAUUACAUGCAACAGAUCAAAUAUGACCGUAAAUAUUGAUCAAAAACCAUUUAAAAUGUCAGAAUUGACAGCCGUUUAUGAAGAUCCAUUUAAUCAAAGUGAUAAUUUGACGGAAUCAACGACUCUUUCAACAACAACUACAACAAUUUCAACAAAGGAAAGUAAGAAACGCUCGAUGAAAUGGAUUUUCCCAAUCAAGUAUGCCACAAAUAGCAAGGAUAUUAAAGAUACGAUUUGGAUUGACUCAACAGAAGAAAAAUUUCAACUCAAAGAAAAUGUUAAAUGGAUAUUGCUGAACUAUGAACAAAAUGGAUAUUAUCGCGUACUCUAUGAUAAGGAAAAUUAUGAGAAUAUUGUUCAGCAAUUGAAUGAAAAUCACACAGUAUUUUCAACAAAGGAUCGUAUGGGACUUAUUUCAGAUUCUUUCGCUUUAUGUCAUAGUAACGUAUUAGAUUGUAGUGUUACGUUGGAUAUUACUUCAUAUUUGCCCAAAGAACGUAACUGGGGUCCAAUGACUGUUGCAAUAAAACAUUUUGAAAAAUGGAGAAAGAUACUCAAAUAUACAGAAUGUUCACUUCUACUUACUGAAUAUAUGAAAACGCUCUUGUCAAAAGCUGUUACAGAAGUAGGAUGGAAUGAUACAGGCUCAGACGAGUCUCGUUUAAUGCGUCCUCAAAUUUUAUUAGCUUCUGUCUUAUGGGAACAACCUGAAUCAAUUAAAGAAGCAAAAACAAUUCUUCAUUCACAUCUCAUUAAUGCAACUAUAAUACCACCCAAUUUAAGAGAAGUAACAUAUGUCGGUGCUAUUUUAUCAGGUGAUUUAGAGUACUGGCAAUACUGCUAUGAAAGAUAUAUACAGCUACGAAAUGAUCGAAAUAAUUUGGAUGAGAGAAUAGAAUUAUUGAAAGCCUUGGGGCUAACAAAAGAUGCAUGGCUUCAAAAUCGACUGCUUACAUAUGUGAUGACUUUACCAACAAAUGAAAUUACUCCCACAUUGGAAGCUAUUUCCUCAACACCAACAGGUGGAGCAAUGGCAUGUCGUUUCUUACAAGCAAAAUGGUUUGAUUUACAGAAGCGCUUUGGUCGAGGAAGCAUUAAUUUUGCUAAAGUCAUCACAGCCAUCACAAAAUAUGGUGCAAACAAAUUUGAUUAUGAUGAAUUGAAAUCCUUAGUCGAUCGUUUCGGCGAUGGACCCGGAAUAGAUCAUCUUCGCAUGAUUCUUCGCACAGUAGCAUCAAAUGUUGAGUGGAUUAGUAAAUCACACAACACCAUUUAUUCAUGGGUUAAGAAAAAGUUUUAUGUAACUGAAGAUUAG